AUGCGCUCGUUUGCUAUCGCUGCCGUUGCGCUCCUCGCUGCGUCUGCCCAGGCUCAGCGCGCGACCAUCACUGAUGCCGACGGCGAUGAGGUUGUUGUCAUGGUCACUACCAAAGGCGGUGUGAGGACCACGAGCACCAUCUCCACCAUCAUCGCCGACACGGAGACCGCUGUGACAGACGCAACUACCGCGGCUACCGCCGCGACCACCACCAAGACUACCAUCAAGGGUAUUCAGGCUGCGCCCACCACCACCUAUGCGGUGAUGACGGCCACCACAUACGGCUACCAGAACACCAACGGCGACUGGGUCACCGCCACCUGGCACAAUUCGUUUGUCUCCCCAACGGUCACCACCGUUGUUGUCCCCGAGGGAACCAUCGCCGACUACGACUCGUACAUGUCGUCGGUCAACUCGGCGUCGGACGCCAGCUACUCUGCGGCUCUCGAGUCGUCCUCGACGAGCAAUGCCCGCCGCUCCGUCUCGGGCGCCCGCGGGUCCUCCAAUGGCUCGGAGUGGGUCGGCCUCGGCGGCUGGCUCGCCACCUUUGUGGCCACCGCCGUCGCCGCCUACGGCAUCCACGCCAUGUAA